AUGAAGGACGGGUUUAUAAGCAAUCCAUUAAGUACAGAAAGCUUUUUUAGUAGAAAUAAAAAGUAUUUGUUAGCAGGUACUGCGGUAGUUGCUGGAGCUAUUUUGGGUCCCAUUGCAAUUGGUGGGGUAGUAACAGCAUUAGCUGAAGCAGGUAUUGCAGCUGGUUCUAUUGCAGCAUGGAUGAUGUCGUUAGAAGGUGGAGCUGUCGCUGCGGUUAGCCUUGUGGCGAUUUUACAAUCGGUUGGUGCUGCAGGUUUAGGUAUUGGGGCAGUUAUUGCUUUCGGUUCUGGAGGUGGUAUUGUUGGUAUUUUAAUUGCUAAGACGAUGCUUAAGGUAUUAGAAUCAAAUCCCGAAAGAUUAGCAGAAUUAGAAAACUUUGUUUCCAUUGAUAAAAGGUUUGACUUGGCUCGGGAAAUUGCUAAAGACAGAGCAAAGAAAUUCGAAUUUUUAGUUAUUAGAGAUGAUGAAAGGUGUCAUGAAGGGAUCGAAAUAUUGCAUCAACACUUGAUCAAAAUCAACGGAAGUAAUUGUGUUACUACGGAACAGAGAAAUUAUGUUCUGAAUUUGAAUAACCUUUGA